AGCUUAUAAGCAAAAAAAAAAAAAAUAAAAAUAAUAAUAAAACAAAAAAACAACAUACACAUCUAAUAUAGAAUAAAAGUCUUGAGGUAAUUAAAGACUUGCAAAAACAACAACAAAAACUAAGGAAAAAAACAUAUAAUUGUAUUCAAAGUUCUUAUAGUUAUAAUAUUGAACAUCUAAGAAAAUAAUAAUAAAAAAAAAAACAAAAAAAUCCUUAAGUGUUUUUUAAACACAGACCACGCCAAAAAAUCCAAAAAAAAAACACUACUUUAAAAAACUUAUGAAAUUUUGAAAAAAAAACCCACAACAAAAAUAUUCUCCACAAUUCUCAAAUUUUUCAAGUAUUUUUUAACUUGCAUCUGAUCCCAAAGAUUUUUUUUUUACAAAUGAUCUGUGUAUUAAUUUCAAAUUAAUCCAUUAAAACCCCCCAAAAACCAAGCAAUAUUAAAACAAAACAAAAAAAAGAAAACUACAACAACAAACCAAUAGACAAAAGUUUAGAAAAGAACACCACAACUCCUUAAAAGACUAGAAAGUUUUCUAAAAAAAUUCUUUAAAGCAUUUCUCGAUUUUUCACGCGCCAAGCCUCAGUUGACUUAUUCCAUCAAUGGUGGAUUUUUACUCAAAAUCAUCAUUGUCUCCAUCAUCAUCAUCAUCAUCAUCGCCGUCGUCGUCGCCAUAAAAAUAUAAUAAAAUUCAGUGCCUCUCGUUAAAUUUUCCGUUGCAAAACAAAAGAAAUAAAUAAAUUAAAAUCCAAACAUCAACAUUUGAGAAACUACAAAACUCCAGUGUUAAUUUGAAAGUGUUCAAACAAUCCUUCGCCAAAUCGUUCUCAUCAAUUGUUGCGCUGCUGCACUUCGUUUUCACCCAUCUACAUUCGACACCUUGCUACGAGUCGAUCCAUACAUCGCCAGCUGAUUUGGUUGACUUUAAGACAUCAUUAAAUUUGCUUUAAAGAGCAUUAUAUUUUCAGCACAAAAAAGAUUAUCUAAGCAUUUUCUUUACAUCGUCUUCUGUGAGCCAAACACUCUCCCACACACACACUCUCUCUCUCUCUCUCUCCCUCUCAACUUGUUGCUCUGGUCAUUAUGAAUACUCAGUCGAAAGGAUAUCGUACGGGUGAAGAAAUCUAUGAUAAUUUGCAAUGUGAUGGUUGGAUGAACAUGAAUACCAUGCGUAAUUUGAGCAUUUCGAAUAAUUUCCCACCAAUUGGAACUUUCUCGCUGGAAACGGCUUUGGGUACGCAGCAAACUCCGCAGCCACCACAGCCACCGCAACAUCAUCAACAACAACAGCAACAGCAUCAACAGAAUCAUCAUCAACAACACGCACCACCGCUGCAUCAUCAAUCACAGGGACCCCCACCUUUGAGUCAACAUCCACCCAUUGGUAUUUUUGACGAAGUGCCAGAGAUUAUACAAAAUCCGGCAACAGUUGGUGUUUUCCAAUCGAAUAGCGUAUUGAGCAAUGGUGGUGGCUCCAGCUUUGGUCAAUCCAAUUCUUCAUCGUCGGCUGCCAACGAUCCAAGUCAGACAACUCGUGAGACUGGUAUAAUAGAAAAGUUAUUGCAUUCGUAUGGUUUUAUUCAGUGUUGUGAGCGCCAGGCUCGUUUGUUCUUUCAUUUCUCACAAUUCAGUGGUAACAUUGAUCAUUUAAAAAUCGGAGAUCCCGUUGAGUUUGAGAUGACCUAUGAUCGUCGUACCGGAAAACCGAUUGCUAGUCAAGUUUCCAAAAUUGCUCCUGAAGUGGUUCUUUCGGAGGAACGUGUCACUGGAACUGUUACCACUGAGUUACGCACGGAUAAUAACAACAUUUUAAAUUCAAGCGAAACCACUGGUCGUAUAAGUUAUGAGAAUCGGGGAGAGUGCUUUUUCUUGCCCUAUACCAAAGACGAUGUUGAGGGUAAUGUUAAUUUGAGGGCUGGCGACAAAGUGAGCUUUCAGAUUGCUACCAACCAAAGAGGAAAUUUGGGCGCUUGCCACAUCCGUUUGGAGAAUCCAGCACAACCAGUUAAAUACCGUGGAGUGGUUUGUUCCAUGAAGGAAUCCUUUGGUUUUAUCGAACGUGCUGAUGUUGUUAAGGAGAUUUUCUUUCAUUUCUCUGAAGCUGAGGGCAACGUUGAGCUACGUCCUGGAGAUGAUGUUGAAUUUACCAUACAAACACGCACAGUAAGUUUGCCAGUGAUAGAUAGAGUUAGCAAGCUGAGGAGUUGUUUCCCCUACCAACUUGGUUUUGUUUCCAUUGCAUUCUCAUUAAAGGGGCGUGAAUUCGCUUGUAACAUUACUCGCUUGCCUCCAGGCUCAGUUAUCUUUGAAGAUGUUGACACUACAAUCUACAAGGGACAAGUGUUGAAACCAUUGGAUCGCAAUAACCCCACUAGGCAAACUAAUGAUCCCUUGCCGGGACGCAUACGCUAUCGGGCUCCAGAUUAUUCUGAAGUUGAAGUACCAUUCGGCGACAAGGAUCAGAAAGGAGACUUCACUUUGCGUCAUGGUGAUUGGGUUCAAUUCUUAUUGGCCACCGAUCGGCGUGAUCAAUUGCAGCGUGCCACAUCGAUUUCCUUGCUUGAUGAGACUUUCAAAGUUUCGGGUGAAAAAAGAGAACAGGGUGUUAUUGCUUCUUUAAAGGAGGGAUUUGGUUUCAUAAAAAGUGUCGAACGUAAUGUCCGUAUAUUUUUCCAUUACACUGAAAUUUUGGACACGAGCCGUGAAAUUAUUGUAAACGAUGAGGUAGAGUUUACCGUAGUCCAGGAGCAAGGUGUUCCUUACAAUGCAUCACGUUUGCAUGCUAUACGCAUUAAGCAUUUACCCACUGGUACUGUGCAAUUUGAAACUUUAGUGGCUAGCAACAUUGAGGGUUAUGUUACCCGUGAGGCUCCCAAGAGUCCAGUUAAAUCUGCAGACCGCGUUGAAGGCGGUGUAAUUACCUAUGACCAUGGCGAACUUAAAAAGACUAUUAUGUAUUUCCUGAAAGACUGUGAAAAACCACCUAGAAUUGGAGACCGUGUACGUUUUGAUAUUCAUUUGGUAAAAAGAAAUAAAGAAUUGAUUGCUGUUAAUGUGCAAAACUUGCACACCUUGCAACCUGGCAUGCAGACAGCAGUUCAACCACAGCCACCACCGCAGCAGCAGCAGCAGCAGCAGCAACAAUUACCCCCAGCUUUGCAACAAUUGGCAACUAAUACAACGAAUCCACAAAAUCAACAGCAACCUUCGGUAGCACUACAUCACCAACAUCUUAUUCUUAAUCAAAAUAACGAUCCGGCAAUCAUAAGCCAGCAUACCAAUGGCAUUAUGGGGGGCCUUGGUGGGGUCGGUGGCGGCGGCGGCGGCGGCGGCAUGAUAAUUCCAACGCAAAAUGGUUACUUAACCAUGGGCAACAAUCAUCAGAUGAUGCAAACGCCUAAGAUUGAAGACUACAACAAAUUGGAGAACAACAAUAUGAGUGGCACUGAAACUGGUCAGCCCAUGUACCGGGGUUUUAUAGCCGUUAUCAAGGAGAAUUUCGGUUUCAUUGAAACUUUGUCGCACGACGAAGAGGUUUUCUUCCACUUCAGCAAUUAUGUGGGUAAUCCCAAUUGGUUGGAACUGGGCCAAGAGGUGGAAUACACUCUAUCGCCAAAUGGCAAUACGUCUGUCUCGGGCAAUUGUUUGCCCGCAGAGAAUGUUCGCGCCUUAGCUAAGGGCUCCAUUCCACAGCCGGCUGUUAAGGAAGGAGUCCAUAAUGGCGUGGUGGCACGUCCUCUUCGUUGCAUUAAUCCCGACCAACAGGAAUAUGCUGGCCUAAUAGAGAUUUUAGAUGAAACUCGUACACAGGUCUUGUCCCAGCAUGAAUUUGGCAUUACGAGUUUGGUGAACAAGCGCGAUUUGCUGCAGACAGGGGAUCUGGUUAAUUUCAAGAUCGAUGAAACUGGCCGUGCUGCCGAAAUAACAGCUGUACGUCAAAAGAAACGCGCCACCGUGGACUCUAUAAAGGGCCAGUUUGGUUUUCUCAAUUAUGAAAUAGAAGAUGGCAAGAAGCUCUUCUUCCACAUGUCUGAGGUACAAGGCAAUGCGGUUUCUUUGCAUCCAGGAGACACCGUAGAAUUCUCUGUUGUCACAAAUCAGCGCAAUGGCAAAUCGUCGGCAUGCAAUGUUUUGAAAAUAAAUGAUCGUCCAGAUCGCUUGAUCUCUCGACUUAAAUUGACAGAUGAUACAUUGCCCCGAUUGAUUGUAAUCAGAGCUCCAAAGGGGCCUCAGCCAAAGGGAUUUUUGACACAAGCACGUUUACCACGCAUUCCAGGGAUUAUCUUGGAAUAAAUCAUUGAAUAAUCACAAUUAUCGAAGGAUUCAACGACUGAAGACUAGUUCCCCUCCCAAACACUCCCCGCCCCGUAACAUUUUCAUUUUACGCAUGGAAGCCAUCAUUUUAUAGAAUACACACACACACACACACACUGCUAUACUCGAUAAAAAGAAACACUGCUAAAUCAUAAAUACAAAUAUAAAAUAAAGGACUCUAUCAUUAUAUCCUAUUCAA